CCUCGCUCCGCUCAACAGCUUAUCAGCAUUCCACAGAUCCAACGACCCAUUCUCCAAGGCACCUGCGAUGAUACCUCUAGAACUGUCGUCCGAGUCCGUCCACGCAAGAUCAUGAAAUCUAAGUAUUUUAAACCAAUUAGUCCACCAGUUCUUAGAAAGAAAAAAAUCAAGGAAAAAACCAUUUCCUAUCUCCCUAUUUUGCACAAGAGUUAAAGGAAAACCGUACCCAGACUCCGUGCUAAGUUUCGCAGCCGGCUGUAACUCCGCCGCGCCUCCCUCCCGGUCCAAAGCCAGGUCCCAAAGUUCAAGGUCGGUCUCAUUGGAGAAGUCCGCAUCGACAGCACCGGCGCGUGUUCCAGUAGCGAUGUAUGGGGAGGCGGAACCGGGGGACCAAGCAAAGGCCGCUGUGCGGGGUAUUUCCCUUAAACGCACCAUGAUGUGAGGGUGGUGGUGGACGGGGACAGGAGAAAGGGGUUUAAGCGGGACUCGGACGGGCACCCCACAGUUAUGCUUGCCCAGGGGACGGGAAUAGGCAAUGUAUAUAGAUGACAAAAUUGAGGAUCGGAGGUGGAGGUCCAGGGAUAAGAAGAGAAUAGGGAGCCCUAGUCAGAGGAGCAGGCUUGUUGUCGACUUAGUCCUUCAAUCUCCGUGUCUGGUCUGCUCAGGAUGAUAUUGAUCCAGGUGUCCUUCUCACAGGCGCUCCACCAGCCACAGUAUAUCCUUGGCACGAUUUUGUGCCACAGUUAUGCGCCACGUGACAUUCCACUGGAUGGGGGAGUAUCAAAAACGGGCGGGCAUUGAAAGGGUAACGAGGAGAAAGACCUCUUUACUUUUCCAUAUUUACCCUCCAAAACCAAACAUUCACAAAAUGUCCCUUCUCUAGGAAAUAUUUGCCCGAAUGAAACGUACAAACUACAAAUCUAUAUGGAUACAAUAAUCUAAGGGCGCGAUUCCCCCAUUCCACCCCUCGUCCAUCAGUCCAGCUACUACCCCCUCCUGCAAAAAUGUCUGAAACUGCAAGAUUAAAAAGCACAAUCUACGUCGGCGGGCUCGACCAAAGCGUUACAGUUCGCACUCUAACAGAAGCCUUCCUCCCCUUCGGCGAAAUAGCCGAUAUCUCUCUCCCGAAACCGGAGAUCCCCUCCUCGACCGAUCUACACCGCGGCUUCGGAUAUGUCGAGUUUGAAGAAGCCCAGGAUGCUAAAGAGGCCAUUGACAACAUGGACCAGAGCGAGCUGUACGGGCGCAUAAUAAAAGUCGCUGCUGCGAAGCCGCAGAAGGACAGCAAUGAGGGACUGGGGAGUAAAACUGCUAUUUGGCAACAGGAGGGCUAUUUGGCCCAACAUGCGGUUAGCGAAGAGGACAAACUCCCUGCUGAGCAAGGCGGAGCGGAGUCGAGUAACAACAGACCAGAAGAUCCCAUGCAAGGCCUGGAGGGACUGGACGUUGCCGGCCCAAAGCCCGAAUGAUAAAAAAUAAUGAUAACGAAAUGUUUUACUGUAUGCGUUUAUGAAUUGACCGGUUACGACAAAUACACGGGAAACGCGGGAGCACAACAAAUGAGAAAUUUAUUUCAAAGAAAAAAAAAUAAAAAUAAAAAAAAUUGAGGAUGUUGCUUUCUGGCUGUUAUUUUCGGGUGUGAAUGGAUGGGAAUGGUGAAAGCGCACACAAUUUCCAGACAGGAUAGAUAAAAAAAAAGGAUUUAUAUACAGGGGCCAAAUUUCCUCCACACAUGCAUACACAUACAUGCCACGCGCACGGGUCUAACAAUACAAAUUAGAGAAUCGGAAGACUCCUCCCAAUCAUCCUCCUCUGCCCCAGACAAACCCUUGCUUCCACAAUUUAUACCAUUAUUGGUAGUCUUUUUUCUUUUUUUCUUUUUCUCUCUUCGUUAUACGCCAGACCUACUAGCAAGCCGUCCGUUGCAAAUUUCCCGUUGUAGUGCUAGGCGUCUUCGGGCUUGGGUCGCGAGAGACGGAGGGUCUUGUCAGUUCUGAAUUUUUUAAUGAUGGAGUACGCUCCGGCACCGAGGGCGACGCUGUGUGUCAAGUCGUAUGGGUUAGUACUUUGUUUUGUUUGGGAAACGGUUUAUCAUUUUUCUCCAUUUCGUAAUCCUUCUCCUAGUCCGGCAUUUUUGGGGCGGGUGGCGGUAUUCCGGUUUAUUUUUGUUUUGGCUUUUCUUUAUUGCGGGGUGAGGGUGAUAUUAUCUUACAGAAGGACGGCGCCUAUAGAGAUGGAAUGCAAAUCAUCGGAUUUAGUAUAAGUGCAAUAAUAUACGAGGAUUCAAAACGUAUUUAUUUCCAUUGGUUUGAGUACAUACCCAGAGGGAGCAAUUCCGGGGGAAUCUUCUUCAGGGUUCGCAGGCGCUGCGAGACGG